AAGGUAUUGUGAACUGAAUUGAAAGUCAUCCUUUCAAUGUCGCUUAUGAACAAAGUCAUAGACAUAAAUCCUCUUUCAGGUACUCUGACGUGCGAGGCCGGUUGCGUCCUGGAAAACCUGGAGAACAGGCUGGAAGAGCACCAGCUGAUGAUGCCCCUGGACCUGGGUGCCAAGGGCAGUUGUCACAUUGGCGGCAACAUCUCCACCAACGCAGGUGGUCUGAGGCUGCUUAGGUACGGCAGUCUCCAUGGCAGUGUGUUGGGUGUCGAGGCGGUGCUAGCAAACGGCGAGGUUAUCGACUGUUUGAAUGUCCUGAAGAAAGACAACACGGGCUAUCAUCUGCGACAUCUGUUCAUUGGUUCGGAGGGCACACUGGGCGUGGUCACUAAGGCCGCCAUACACUGUCCGCCUCGACCCAAGGCUCUCAACUUGGCCUUCCUUGGAACGGACAGUUUCAAGAACGUGCUGAACAUCCUCCAAUUGGCCAAGAGUCGUCUGUCCGAGAUUCUGUCGUCCUGCGAGAUGAUCGACGAACCGUCCUUAUCAGCUGUAGUCAGAAAUCUGGGCGUGAAGAGUCCCAUAGGCCAGUUUCCGUUCUAUGUUCUGAUCGAGACUUCUGGCUCGCACACGGCUCACGACGAGGAAAAGUUGAAUGCCUUUCUGGAUGCUGCAAUGGCCGAAAGCUACGUUCUAGAUGGCACUGUCACCAAUGAACCUUCGCGGAUGCAGGUUCUAUGGCAGCUGCGCGAAAGGAUUGCAGAAGCGCUGUUGAAAGAUGGGCCGGUCUACAAGUACGACGUUUCUCUGCCUGUUGAACACUUCUAUGGAAUAGUGCCUUUGCUACAGGACAAACUGAAAGGCACUAGCGCUGAUAUAGUUACCGGAUAUGGACAUAUUGGUGACGGCAACGUGCACCUGAACAUCACGUCGCGUUUCUACGACCAACAGCUGGUUGAUGACGUUAUCGAGCCGUUCGUGUUCGGAUGGGUGGCCGCACACAACGGCAGCAUCAGUGCUGAACACGGCAUCGGAUUCAAGAAGACCGAAUUCUUGCAUUACUCCAAGAAGCCCAGCGCCAUAGCUCUCAUGAAGCAGAUGAAACACCUCCUCGAUCCCAAUGCCAUUCUCAAUCCCUACAAGGUUCUGCCCGACAACUGAAUCCUAUCACUGAGCUCUAUAAAAUGAAAUCAUAAUGGCAUUGAUUUGAAAUCUAUGAGAUUAAUCUUGAAUCAUAACGAUAGCAUAUCCCAUGGUACAGGUGAAUUAUGUUCCAAAUUCCAAGCUAAGAAUCCAAGAGAAACGAUAGCAUAAUCAUAUUUUCCAUUGUAUAGGUGAAUUAUGUUCCAAAUUCCAAGCUGAGAAUCCAAGAGAAACGAUAGCAUAAUCAUAUUUUCCAUUGUAUAGGUGAAUUAUGUUCCAAAUUCCAAGCCAAGAAUCCAAGACAAACGAUAGCAUAAUCAUACUUUCCAUUGUAUAGGUGAAUUAUGUUCCAAAUUUCAUGCUAAGAAUCCAAGAUAAACGAUAACAUAAGCAUAUUUUUUCCAUUGUAUAGGUGAAUUAUGUUCCAAAUUCCAAGCUGAGAGUCCAAGAGAAACGAUAGCAUAAUCAUAUUUUCCAUUGUAUAGGUGAAUUAUGUUGCAAAUUUCAAGCUAAGAAUCCAAGAGAAACGAUAGCAUAAGCAUAUUUUUUCCAUUGUAUAGGUGAAUUAUGUUUCAAAUCCUAAUCCGUUUUUUUUUUUGUCAACUCAAGCCAAUUUCUGUCGACUACUAUCCAUUAUUACUGUUUCGACCGGGUGACAGUGUACAAUACCAUUCUCAACUAUGAAUGAUUGAGAAAGGAACAACAGGAAGGCCAAAAAUGUUCCUUUCCCAGAUUUGGAUAAAAAUUGUCCAAAAAUAGGUUAUGUUAAUCACUUCAUAGGUUUUGUCCAAUUUUGUGUCCAUAAUAUAUAUGUUGGCCCAGCCUGGUGAAAGUGCAAUUCCAAGUUGAUAACUUAUCAAUGAUAAGUUUCUACUCCUACUGGCGAACAAGUGUUUCACUUAUGCCAGUUGUAGUCUCCACCACCUGCCGAAUAAGAAUAAGAUAUAGAUAAAAAUAGAAAUCUAAGUACCCUUGGAGUUUUUUUUAGUAAGAAAAAACGACAAGAGUAAGAUAGUUGAUAUAGGUAGCUAUUUAGAAGAAUAAUUAUUAUUUUUGUCCAGUUGUCACAACUUUGUAUUAUUUUUGUGUUUUUAAAGAAAUAAAUUGAAUUGAGUUGAAAAUUCCUUACGAAAGCCAAUCAAGGCCAGUGCUGGCAAACCACCCAUACACAGCUUGCGCUUGUCGACAUUGGCCUUCCUUGGGCCAACAUGUGGGUGCGGCAUAAGAACGGCACAGUAUUGAUUGAUUAGCUGCCUGUAUUUAAAUUAGUAUUGUAUCUUACAAUCAUUUAUUCAUUAUGUAGUAUAUAGUAUCUGUAUGAUUGAAUACAGUAUAUAGUAACAAUAUAUCAGUAUCAGAGACUACCAGCGUCACAUAGCUUCAGUCACGAAAAAUAACUACGUGGACUAUCGGCUUGAAUUAACAGUAAAAUGUAGAUCAUGAACGCCCUAUACCAUGGGAUAUCUUCUUAUGCUUUCUUUUACCUAUGAUUCUAUAGACUGACUAUUCAAGAUUAAUCUUAUAGAUUUCAAACGAAUGCCAUUUUGAAAACCUCCUGCUUACACAAAAGCCUCUUGGAUUCUAAUCAUGAUUGAAAGCUUCGAGAACCAAUCAUACGUUUUUGAAAAUAAUGUUUCUUUGAUUGGUUCUUGUGUCAUUAAUCACGGUUAAAAUUUAAGAGGACUUUGGGCAACCGAGCCUUAGACUGAUCCAUAUUUUUAAAGUUUAAAUUGUGUCAUUUUAGACACCAUAGAUUUUAUUCUAGGUAGUGAUUUAGAUAUAGGUAGAUUUAGAUUUAGAUUUAGGUAUUAGGUAGUUUAUUUAGAUAUAUAUUUUCGAAGUUUAUCAUAGAUUGUGCUAUUUUGAAAACUAUAAUAUUCUAUUCUAGGUAGUGAAUUAUUUUAAUUGUGCGUGACUUGAAAACCAUAUCUCGUAUUUUACUAUAGAUAGGCCUAGUGAACUAUUCCAAUAGAAUAGAAAAAGUCUUUAUUCAUCAGAUGUAAGAAAUACAUUAGAACAGAGUCAAUAAAUUACAAUAUAAAUAUAAAUAACUAGGCUAGCCUAGUAUAUAUAGACAAAAGCGUUUCGUCAAAAAUCAAUGUUUAACUCUUGAGAAGAAUACAGCGAUAAUUUGACCGGAUAUUCCUUUAAAUUCUUUGCAAACAUUCU